GUUCUACCCUCCCUCGACUCGAUAUCGCAUCCGCCCUCCGAGUGUCUGCUCCGCUUCAUCGUACAUAUAAUUGCAGCGAUUCAGACGUCGGAAACACUACAAUUGCCUUGCAGCUCUCCUCCCAGGCUGAAGGGUCCUCUAGCGAGAGUCUCUUGGAACAGCCCGCCCCAGGCCGUUCCUUAGCUUCGUUGUCAUCGACGAUGCCGCCCCGUUCGACGCGCUCCAAGUGGGCUGCUGCAUCCAACGGAGCAAAUGACAGUAUUGAGGCCAUCAUCCGAAACUUGCGCGCCGAAGACGAUGAGGAAUCUGAUUCGAGCGGAGAUGAAGCCAUCAGCGGUGAUGACUAUCAAGAGGAAGGCGAAGAGGCGAACAAUGUCGCGAAUGAUGAAGGCGACGACCCGGCGAGUCGAGGGAAUGACGACGCCGUAUUCAAACGCAUUGCUGCUCAGGUCUCCCGUGGAGCUGUCGGUUCAACGCAGGACUUCUCAGCGGAGCUGGCUGCGUUGGACGAGGAAGACCUUCUGGAUGAAGGCGGUCGUCGCAAGCGGGGAAAGAGGGGCUACCGUGGCGGAGUGUAUCGUGGUCAUCGGCCAACGUACGAGGUCCAACAACUACUCGGGCGCGCCAACAUGGCCUACAUUUCGCAGAACCACACCGAGGCCAUCAACCUCUUCCUAGAAGUCAUUCGUCAUGACAACAUGGUUCAGGCAGCCUGGACCACACUCGCCUCGGUAUUUGAGGAGAUGGGGGACGUUGUCUCGGCGCGGCAGAUGAAGUUCUGUGCCGCUCACAUCGAGGAGGACGCCGGCACCUGGGCGGAACUGGCGCAUCAGUUCCGAAGUGAAGACAACAUGACACAGGCGCAGUACUGCUAUCGGAAACUGCUACGUUUAGAUCCUAACCGAGUGGAUGUCUUGUGGCAGCUCAUCACCAUGUAUACGAAGAGCGGACAGGCCAAGAAGGCGGCCGAAGCGAUCAAGAAGUUGCACAAGGCCGACCCGACCUUCCUCCGCGACUUCAACAUGCUCAUGGAGGUGCACCCCUUUAUCCUCGAGCUGCAUCAGUGGGGUCUCGGAGCCACAGUCUUCGGUGAUGCCUUUGUCUAUCACUACGCCACGUUUGCCGACUCCUCAGACCCAGACAACACGAUGAAGAUCGAGCAUGUGGUCGAGUACGUCAACUAUCUGAUCAAGUCUGGCGAGACUGAGUCCGCGAUCGAUGUGAUUCACCGCGGUCAGCGUUGGCUCCAGGGGCGCAAGCUCGAGAAGGCGUGGGAUGCUGUCGAGGACGACAGCGAGUACGCUCCCAAGAGGCUGGGCGGUGAAGACGGCGACGGGUCAGACGAGGAAACCAAUAACAUAAACGGGGGAAAUGAGCUCGACGUACAGCUCAGGCAUCUGCUCGCAAUCGCGCGCUUGCGCUUGGGCCAGACGGAGAUGGCGAUACCGCAUGUCAACAUGAUCCUCGAACUUGACGCCAAAGUACACGAAGGCCUUUUCAAAGAACUUGGUGACAAUCUGAUGAAGCGGCAGCUCUUCGACCUGGCUCUAGAGUGCUGGCUUGCCCUUCAUGAGCGGAGUGAAACCGACACCGACUUCGACGAGGACCCCAGAGUUGUGUACAAGAUGGGCAUAUGUUUGCAUCAGCUGAAGCGUUACACCGAGGCACAUGAGAGUUUGGAGUGGGCGGUCGAUCAUCUACCGCACGACUCGGAGGUGUUGCUAGCGUUUGCCGCAGUCCUUGAAGACAUGGGCCGCAAAACGGAGGCGCUGGAGAUCGUGGCGCGGGUAUUGCAGCACGGCGACUCGUUGCCGAGCGGCGACGGAACGCACAAGGGCAAGGCAGGCAGGAUGAACAAAAGAGUGCUAGAGACCCAGGCUGCGUACACCAUGCAAGGCCUCUGGGACGACGUUCAGAAGGCCGAAGAGGGCAUCAACAAUGGCGAUCCGUGGGCCUUGGACAAGUUCAUCCAUUCCGCCGGUACCAUGAUCGAGACCUUCCGCCUCGCCCGGAGUAACUUCACCAAGAAUCGAGGCAUUGUUCGCAUCCCCAAGCGCCGCAAAUACGGUACAAAGAGCGACCUGACAUCUCAAGCGCAGGCAAUGCAGGAUCGUCUGGAGCGCAUCAUGGGCUUGGAGGACGACACUCCAAUUGAGCCUGGGCGCAUCGACUAUGAGAUUCGCCGGCAGACUGAAUUCUACGGGAUCCGAGCCGAGGAUUGGCUUGCAUUGACAAUCAAGUACUGUUGUGUCUUGAUGGUCAAGGGUGAGGAGGAUGUUGCAUACGACAUUCUCGAGCACGUCGUCUGGUCAGGUUUGUUCAACUCUCGUCGCUGCGAGAUCGCUCUGCGCCUCACAAUUGUUGCCUGUGGUAUCCGCAUGCGAAAAGGCGAGGCAAUCACAGAGAACUGCAAACGUCUCGCCCAGUUGCACCAAUUCAGGCCUGAACCGAUGUUGCUUAUGCUUGCCGCUCUCGGUGGCGGAUUCAAAGGCCAAGGGGUGUGGCACAACUUGGCGCUGCAGAAGUUCCUCCACCGAGAGGUGCGCAUCUAUGACGAGGCUGUCGCAGGAGUCAAGCUUCGCUACAACAGGCGUCACCGCCGUUGGGCUCAGGUUCUCGAGUCGGGCCGUUCUCGCCGCUUGGGUGACGUUCUCAACCACGACAUGGAGGACGAUGAUGACACUCCCCAUGGAACACCGCAGCGCCGACGGAUCGUCGAAGAUGACGACGAAGACCUGAACGACGAUGAGGGUGAUGGAGAUAUCGAUGGUGACGGCGAUGGUGAUGGCGAGGGUGACGGCGAUUCCAUGGGCCCUGCCGCAUUAGCAGAGGAGGCUCUACACGAAUGCCCCAAGCCGACCAAAUAUUCGCCGGUCUUCAAUACUAUGUACGGCCAGAACAUGCUCACCACCAGGAGCUACCAGAGUGCUCUAUUUUACUUUAUGCGGGCCUACGAGGUCAACCCGCACGACCACUUCCUGUGCUUCCUCAUCGCCCAAGCUUUCUUCGGACGAGCCACGAACCGCCAGUCGGACAACCGCAACUACCAGAUUGCCCAGGGGUUGGCGUUCCUCUCAAGGUACCGCAAGCUCAGUCCGCAGGACCCCGAGUCUCUGGAGGAAGUUGAAUACAACUUUGGUCGUUCUUUCCACGGACUGGGUGUCAUGCAUCUGGCGGUGACCCACUACGAGAGGGUCCUCACGUCUGUGCGGGCACGUAUGGAUGCUGAGGAGACGCCAGAGGAGCGAGAACUGGUUCGUCAAGGCUCGUUGGCGUGGGAGUCUGCGCACAACCUCUGUCUCAUCUACACGACCUCUGGGUCCCUCGAUCUCGUUCGCAGAGUAUCAGAGGAGUGGCUUGCGCUCGUCGAUUAUGACUGAGCAUCUCUCCCGGUUGAGAUGAGAGCAUGUGAGUGAUGAAUAGUCGAGUGGAGUGGGAACGGGGGUCACGUAAAGUUGAGAGGCACAGUCACCUAGUUGUACCAUGCAGGAAUUACCAUGUCUGGAGG